AUGCCCCGGUCCCUUUUAACCACCAUCUUAAUUCAAUCCACCAUCUUGAAUGCGAUCUCCAACCUGCUGGCUCAAGUGAUUGACCAGUACAACAAAGAUGGCCCAUUCACACUCAACACCCUCGCCCUCCUCCAAUUCAUAACCUACGCCAUCAUCAUCGUCCCCAUAAACUUCUACUUCCAGAACUGGCUCGAAUCCACCUUCCCCGGCUUUCCCACCUGGCAAAGCCCACACCUCCGACGCUCGUCAACAGGCUGGGCCUGGGGCAUGGGCAUGGCUGAUGCGCGCCUCACCCCCAACCCGAGUCUCGACCUCGACGUGGUCGUCGACAUCUUACCGUCUGUUAAAGACAAGCCUGCGACAACGGUGACGACGCGUCCCUUCCAGCCUAAGAAGCAGAGGUCCGGGACGUGGAAUUUUGGGAUGAAGUUUCUGCUCGAUCAGACGGUUGGGUCGGUGCUGAAUAUCGUGCUCUUCGUGAUGUUGAUUAAUUUGCUUAAGGGGAUGGAGUGGGAGAGAGUUUGGGGGUUGGUUUGUGAGGACUUCACACCGAUUAUGAUCGCUCGUCUCAAAUAUCGUCCCGUCGUCUCAACCCUCAUGUACACAGUCGUGCCGGUCGAGCGACGAGUCGUGUUUGGGAGUGCGUGUGGAGUCAUCUGGGGAGUUUAUUUGAGUUUGUACGCGGCUGUUUAA